UCAGGGGUAGAUCAAUGUUGAGCUCCACCAAGAAGAAGCAGUCGGUGGCGUGAGGACUUUAUUUUGAAAAUCGCUUCCGGAAGUCAGCCUGCCAAAUUUUUUAAAACGAGUAUCUCUGAGUCGUAUGAUUAUCUGUCUGAGACAGUCACAGAGGUGGAUCCAUGACAAAUCCACCAACGAACACCAGUGACUGUGUGGUAACAGCCCUGCUGCAGACCAGACCUGCGGGUUUUUAACCCAUACAGGGCUCAAGUAUGGGUUUGUCAUUCCUUUUGGUCUUGGCUGCCUCGGUGAUCCUGAUCAGACCGGAGACGCCUGUAACGAAGGCCCUACAUCAUAACUCUGUGGAGUGCUGUGCAGAGAAACAGAAAGUGAACAAUUCGUGCUCAAAUGACACUCACUGUGAACCAGGUUGCUUCUAUCGUUUGCUGGAGAACAGCAACGUGGUCUGCAUAUUCUGUGACUCUGCAGCUGUGGACAUGGAGAAUGUAACCGUUUGCACAUACAACUACACGUUGGAGCGUAAAAACCACACAACAGUAACAACUGUCAUUCCUAAAAUUGGAGGCCCAGGUGUGGCGGCCUCCGUUCUUCUGGGAACUCUGUUGAUCAGUAUGUUCCUCAUUCUCACUGUUGCCUCCUUUUUCUACCUCAAACGCUCCAACCGGCUGCCUGGUUUCUUCUACCGGCGAAACAAAGCUUUUAUAUUUCAACCAAGUGAGACGGCAGUUAUGAUCCCUUCAGGGAGAAAGCAAAGAUAUGUGAGGAGGGAGCGGCCCUCAACGCGAAACAUCCCCACGAUUCCCACCUCAGCUACCACUCAGGUGCAUAAUUUGUAGGAGGAGUGAUGGGUUUGGUGCAGGUUGGGAAGAAAGCUCAGGAAGGAACUGAAGGAAGACCAGCUGACUCUAGGAAUGUUGGCCAAAUUUAACUACUUCUGCUGCUCCUGCCUUCGUAUCACUAAGGCUGACACUGUUUGUGUUAUUAACAAUAACCUGUCACACUGAUGCUCUGAAUUCACUGGAAAACCACUUUUUUUUUUUUUACCUUUUUCUUCCAGUGAAAAUCUUUAGAAUGACUUCAGUUUUUAGUUGACACACUGUUUCUCCAAUUUUAUUGGUUUAUCCCUACUUCCCGAUUCUUUUUUUUUUUUUUCAAGA